AUGGUACACACACACUUCAUCUGUCGUGUUUAUUUCAUACCACGGACGCCACGGACUUAAUGUUUACGACAGUAAUUCUUUUUCGAUAAAAUAAUGUCGAAAAAAAUGUCAGUAUAUUUUAAAAUUAAUGAAGACAGUGUUUAUAUUGACCUAGAUUACGAAGCUAGUAAUCAGGAAGAAUACGAUCGGAUUUUAAAUGAUGAUUACUUUGCAGUCAACAAAAUAUUUUCUCUUGUUAUCUCUGGACAAAUUAACUGUAAAGGCAAUAUCAUUGAAAUUUUAAGAGGAAACGAUUUAGACAUGCUGCAUAAGAAUCCCGACCGCAUUUUUGUUGACACUGAUACCACCGAUUCGAAAAACCAAAAUCCAAACUUAAAAAUUAGUGCUAUUAGUCAAAAGUCGUCUUGUUCGGGAAGUGGUGAAAAUAAAGAUUGGCAAGAUGAUGAGACCAAAUAUUUACUGGAUCAAGUUUAUGCUUACUUACCAGUAAUAGGUCCGCAAAAAAAAUUUAAAACAAAAAAAGCAAUGUGGCUUAAAAUUGCAGAAGAAAUUUCACAGAAAUUCUGCAAAAUACGAACAUCUGUUCAAGUUGAAAACCGCUACAAAACUAUUUUGCGGAGAAAAAAGUCUGCAGUUGAAAAUAAUUCUCAAUCUGGGAGUUCGAGGCAGGAUGUACCCUUCGAGGAAGAAAUGCACAAAAUUGCUUCUACUGAUGACAGCAUAGAGCCGAAUGUUGUGAGAACUGCUACGGGUAUGAAGAGGUAUAAAAAUUCAGAAGGAGUUUCUGUAAAAAUAAGUAAAUCCAGCUCACCAGGGAACAGAAAAAAGACUAUAUCUAUCGUAGAAAAAUUGGAAGAACUGCAUGAGAAGACAGAAAUAGCUCGAGAAAAAUCGAGAAACGACAUCAAGAAAAGAUGGCAUUGAUACGCGAAUUGUGGUUUGGAAGGCAGAGAAAUCCUGAACAGGAGUGAUAGACUAAGAAGUGACAAGCAAAUAUUUUUUUUUCAUUUACUUUUACUUAAUUUUUUUUAAAGCAAGCCAUAUGUUACAUACGUCUACGUUCCUAAGUGUUUUACAGUUUUUUAUGAUCUACCAGAGGAAACCAAAGGUUUUAUUAAUUAUUAGAAGAUCUUAUUUGAUUUACUUUUGUUUAUUUAGCUUUGUUAGAAAAUUUGUAAAAGCACGUUUAUUUUAAGUAACUCACAUUCGUUAGAUAGUUGUUUGGAAGCAAGCAAUAUUAAAUAAGAUAUUCAUGUACCUUAGUAUUUUACAGUAUUUUUUGAUCAGUAAGACGAAAAAAGAUUUAGUCAUUAAAGAAAAUGUUCAGUUUUCUUACAUUUAUGAAAGCACAAUGUUAGUGUAAAAUUGUUGUAGAUUAAUCGCCCAAAACCAAUAUAUUACUUAAGAUACCUGAUAAGAAACUGUGAUACUUGCGUAUUGAUAUUGAUGUGUGAUACCUAUUUUAGAGAUGUUGGGAACAAUAAAAACAAAUGUUUAUUAUCGAAUGUUUAUUACAAAAUAAAGAUAUUUUAUUACAA